GACCUUCCCAUUCGUUCUCAGGGGAGAGGAGCCCGACCAGACUACUUGAGUUUUACGCCACGGCGGGCGGUGCUGCCGGAAAGCGUCUGGGUUUGCGGCAGAAGGUAUGUGCAUUUAUACAUAUGAAGACAGUGAAUAUUUUCAGUGACAAAUGAAAAUGGCUAACCCAUUAAGAGGAGAAGUUUUGACUCUUUAUAAGAAUCUGCUGUAUGUCGGAAGAGAAUAUCCAAAGGGAGCAGACUACUUUAAAAGACGUUUGAAGGCAGCUUUCCUUAAAAACAAAGAUGUGAAGGACCCAGAGAAGAUCAGAGAACUUAUUGCACGAGGAGAAUUUGUAAUAAAAGAGCUAGAAGCCUUGUACUUCCUUAGAAAAUACAGAGCUAUGAAGCAACGCUACCACUUAGAAGAUGACAAAACUAAGUGAAUUUUUAUUGUUGCAAAUGUAGGUUUACUGCUUAGACUGUCUGAGCAAUAAUUGGUGGCACUUCUUUAUAUGUAAAUCAAAUAUUGCAGAAUAACUAAUACACAAGAUGUACAAAAAAAUGCCCAGAAUACCUGAACUCCCUUCAACUUUAAAAAUUAUUUUAAUAGGUUUCAAUAUAAACUAAUAUUGAAAGCUUA